AUGUGGAAGCUGAUUGUCUCAUUGGUCCUGUUCAUGGUCAGCCCUGGUGAUGGACUCUUUCGCUCCAUAUACCGAAGCACCAUUUUUUCUCCGCCAUUCAAGGGAAACGCAGGCUGGCCUCUGUUUCUUAGUCCUUAUAUCCAAGCUGGGAAGAUCAAGGAGGCGCAAAAAAAGAGCGAGGUCAGUCCUUACCCUGGAAUGAACUUGAAGAGUUAUGCCGGCUACAUCACAGUGAAUAGGACUUACAACAGCAACCUCUUCUUCUGGUUCUUUCCUGCUCGGAUACAGCCUGAGAAUGCCCCAGUAGUCCUCUGGCUUCAGGGUGGUCCUGGAGGUUCAUCCAUGUUUGGACUCUUUGUAGAACAUGGGCCUUAUGUUAUCACAAGUAACUUGACUGUUCUUGCCAGAGACUUCACUUGGACCACUACCCUUUCCAUGCUUUACAUUGACAAUCCGGUGGGCACAGGGUUCAGCUUCACUGAUGAUUCCCGGGGAUAUGCCAACAGUGAGAACGAUGUAGCCCAAAAUUUGUACAGUGCACUGGUUCAGUUUUUCAAGUUGUUCCCUGAGUAUUCGAAGAAUUCGUUUUAUGUCACUGGGGAGUCUUACGCAGGGAAGUACGUGCCGGCCAUAGCGCACUAUAUCCACUCCUUCAACCCAGUUAGAGAGUUCAAGAUCCGCCUGGAAGGAAUUGCCAUUGGAGAUGCAUACUCUGAUCCCGAAUCGAUUAUAGGAGGGUAUGCAACAUUCCUGUACCAAAUUGGCUUGUUGGAUGAGCAGCAGCAAAAGCACUUCCAGAAGCAGUGCAACAAGUGCAUAAAAUACAUCAAAGAUCAGCACUGGCUGAAGGCCUUUGAAAUCCUGGAUAAGCUGCUGGACAGUGAUUUAACAAAUGAUCCAUCCUACUUCCAGAAUGUGACAGGGUGUACCAAUUACUACAACAUUUUACAGUGCACGGAACCUGAGGACCAAGGUUACUACGGGAAAUUCUUGUCACUCCCACAAGUGAGACAAGCCAUCCAUGUGGGAAACCGAACUUUCAGUGAUGGCGCUGAGACUGAGAAGUACUUGAGAGAGGACACAGUGAAGUCAGUGAAGACCUGGCUAGCUGAGAUCAUGGAUCACUACAAGGUUCUGCUCUACAAUGGCCAACUGGACAUCAUCGUGGCGGCAGCCCUGACAGAGCGCUCCUUGCUGGCCAUGGAUUGGACUGGAUUACAGAAAUACAAAAAGGCCAAAAAAGUGGUUUGGAAGAUCUUCAAAUCUGAUAAUGAUGUGGCUGGUUAUGUGCGAAGCGUGGAUAAAUUCCACCAGGUAAUUGUCCGAGGUGGAGGACACAUUUUGCCCUACGACCAGCCGCUGAGAUCAUUUGAUAUGAUCAAUCGAUUCAUCUUUGACAGAGGAUGGGAACCUUACAAUUCCUAAACUCCUUUCCAUAAA